AUGACCAAAAGAAAACCAUAAUUUGAUAUAGGAAAAGAUGGAGAUGACGAGGAAGUAUUACCAGUUGUUGGUGUUAUUAAUACUGCAGAAGAAAUUCAGGAAAGAAAGUAAAUUUACGUAAAUAUAAAAGAAUUUUGAAGAUCAAAGGACCAAAACAAAAAGAGAAUAAUCAAAAUACAAAAAUUGUUAUAACUGCCCCACCACCAUCAUUUGAAUAAGCAGGAUCUGAUUAAAAACUAUCAACACCUCCUAAAAAGUUUUAACCAACGAAUAUAUUUAAUUCUCAACAAGAAAAAUUGUUUUUCAAUACAUAGCCAUUAAAUAGUUUAUAAUUACCUUAGCAAUAAAAAAAUAAUAUUGGAUUGGUUAGUCCUAUAAUAGAAUUUAAAUCAAUUCGAAAGAGUGAUAAAUCAAUUACUUCUCCAAAUUAGGAGACUAAUAAAAAAGGUGAAAUUUUUUAAGUAAAUUUUAUUAUUAAGACAUAGAAUAAAUUAAAAAAAAUAAAAAUAGGUGAAAAAGAGCAUGAGAAUAAAGACAUAAUAUUAAUUGUAUAAAAAGUAGGAGAGAAUCAUAAAAUUAUAAUUGAGUAUGAUUAUUUUAUUAAUAUAGACCUGAUUUAUUUGAAGGAUUGAUUGAGAAAGAAAAAACAAAGAAAGAGAAUAAUAUUGUAAGAUUAGAAUGUAAAAAAGAAACAGAUAUACAUGAAUUAGAACUAGAAUUUCUUAAUGAAAAAGACUAUGAAUAAUUUAAUUUAUGA